GGCUGCUAAAGCUGCUAUUUUCUUAUUUUUACUUUAUAUUAAUUUAUAAGAGGUGAUGGCCUGAACUCGAGGAACGUUUCUGUGAAACUCGUAAGGGCGAUUGUAGGGCUCAUACAAUUAGGCCCAACAUUUCUUCAUCGACUCCCUCACAAAACCCACCGGGGUUCUUCUGCCUCUCGACUGCAAUCUACACUGCCUUAAAAACCCCAAAUCUAUGGUUUUAAAGUAAAAUUAAUCUGUCGGGCAAUCAAAAUGUGGUGGAAGAACAAUUUGCGGUGUCUAAUCAAUGCUUUUGGUAAAAAAUUGGAGCGAAAUCAGAUCACAAAUGGGACUUCUAGGGAACUUCAUACUGCACCGAUUCUUAAAUUAGGAGAAUCUAGGGCAUUGAAAUUGUCUUCUGAAGACAUCCAGAGACCUUUAUAUCAGUACUUCCAACAAUUUGGGAUUUCCACAUCAAGAGUUCUUUCUGAUUCGCCUUCCGAUGUAAUUCCUAUCUCUUCUCCUUUGAUCCCAAUUUCAGCUGCUAAAGCUGGGAAGUCUGAAAGCCAGACUGAGGCUGUAAAGCCAAAACCUGAAAAAGUUCAAGCAAUUUUGAAAGGAAUAAAGCAGAGUCCUAAAAAGGUAAAUUUGGUUGCUGCUUUGGUCCGUGGAAUGCGUGUCGAGGAUGCAUUGCUACAGCUGCAAGUGACUGUGAAGCGGGCCUCAAAAACCGUUUAUCAGGUGAUACAUUCUGCUCGUGCAAAUGCUGUCCAUAAUCAUGGAUUAGAUCCGGAUCGUCUUUUAGUUGCUGAAGCUUUUGUUGGCAAAGGAUUUUACAAGAAGAGAAUAAGUUAUCAUGCAAAAAUGAGACAUGGGAUAAUGAUGAGACCGGAGUGUAGGCUGACAGUGGUGGUUAGAGAAUUGACUCCAGAUGAGGAAGCCGAAGUAGCAAAACUGAGAGUCAGUAAUUUUAAGAAGCUUACAAAACGUGAAAGACGGCUCGUUCCUCAUAAGCUCAUCGAGAGUACACCUGUUUGGGGAAGAAAGAACAAAACUAGUAGCCAGGCUUCAUCUGUUGCGGUUUAAGAUUGAUGAAAUGUCCAGGUGACUCUUAUGAGCGUCAAGAAUCCAAUGUGGAUAUGCAGGCGAAAAAAUACAUUGCACACGGUUUAGUUUGAUUUGUGUCCAACUAUUACAUUUUGGAAAUUUUCACGACUUGGUCAGACCAUUUUAGAUAUCAGAUUGGACCGGAUAAUUUAAAAACAGUUUAUUGGUUUUAAUUUUUAUCACUUUAGAACGGACAAUUCUAAUAGAACGGUUCAUGUCAUUCCAUUUUCAUGUUCUUUUUCUACUUUCAUGAAAUAGUUUAUACUUAGUUAUCUAAUGGGCGACCUAUUUCUUACUGAAUUUUUUAGAAUAAUUGUGUGAUAUAAGGAUAGUCAGGAAUGUCAAUUGAGAAAAUUUGAAUAAAAUAAGAUUAUUUAACAACUUAAUUCCAAAAUAAGCUUCGUGAAAAUUUAAUUUCCAAAAUAAGCGUCCGUAUAUCGGAACCUAGUCUUGGAGUAAGUCGCUGUUACUAACAGCGAAAGACAAAAAAAAAAUUAAAAGUCAUAAGUUGUUGUUACUAACAGCGACUUAGGGAGUUGACCAGUCAACUCCUUAAGUCGUUGUUAGUAACAGCGACUUUAAGGUUAACUGAUCAACUCAUUAAUCUCGUAGGUUGGAAUGAGGAAGUAACUGAGAACUGAAAACUUAAAAUUCAUUAAAUUUUUUUAAGUCGCUGUUAGUAACGACUUACUCCAAUGCUAAGUUUGGAUGUACGGACGCUUAUUUUGGGAAUUAAGUUUUCACGAAGCUUAUUUUUGUAAUUAAGUUGUUAAAUGAUCUUAUUUUUUUUCAUAUUUUCUAUCAUUGAGGCAGUUUUAGAUUGGAU